CCCGCCCGCCCCCAUGGACCCCGGCGACUUCCCCGACCCCUUCGACCCCCUGAGCCUGCCCGAGAAGCCCCUGGCCGGCGACCUGCCCGAGGACAUGGAGUUCGGCGAAGACCUGCUGGGCUCGCAGACGGCCCCCCCCGGGGGCUGGAUGGCGCCCGUGGCCCCCGGCGUGGGGGGCCUGGGCCUGCUGGACGCCCCCCGGGCGGGCCUGGAGAAGGGGCCCGGCCUGCUGGACGGGGCCACGGAGCUGCUGGAGCUGGGGGCGCUGCUCUACAAGGACCCCUCCCCCCCGGCCGGGGAGCGGGGGCCCGGGGAGGCCCUGAGCUGGGAGGUGGGGGACCGGCCCGCCAAGGCCUCCCCGCUGCCCGGGCCCGGGGCCGCGGGGAGCCCCGAGCCCCUCAUCCUGCCGCCGCCCCACCUGGAGGAGGAGGAGGACGAGGAGGAGGAAGAGGAGGAGGCGGCGGCGGCGGAGGAGGAAGAGGAGGAGGUCGCCGCCGCCGCC